UGGUGGCGGCGGCGAUGCUGGUCUCCCUCGUCGCAGAUCAGUAACAAGAAAAGGGGCAGAGAAAGUGAAAGAGAGAGAGAGAGGAGAGGGAGGAAAAAAAAAAAAAAAAAAAAAGAAAGGAAAAAAAAAAAAAAAAAGAGGCGUCUACCAGAGCGGCUCAAACCGGGAGAACAAAUGCAAUUCAGCCAUGGACAAUAGUGGCAACCACACGGCGACCAAAAUCCUAGCGACACCUCCGUCCAGAGAAAGCCUGUCUGCCAGGAGCAACAUGAUCAGCACGCCCAAGCCACUCGCCUUCUCCAUUGAGCGCAUCAUGGCGCGGACUCCAGAGCCCCGCUCCAUCCCCGUCCCGCAGCUCCUCCAUGGCUCCGUGGCCAAAGGCGACCCCAAGCACCCGCUGCACCUCAACUCCUCCAUCCCCUGCAUGAUCCCCUUUGUCCCGGUGGCGUACGACACCCUGCCCAAAGCGGCGGUGGCCGGAGAGGAACCCAGGAAGGCUCAGUUAGAUUCCUCUUCCUCGCCCUCCUUUAGCUGCGGCGAUCUCUUGAACUGUGCCCUGAGCUUGAAAGGAGAUUUCCCCCGCGAUGCCCUGCCCUUGCAGCAGUACAAACUGGUAAGACCCCGAGUGGUCAAUCACUCCUCCUUCCACGCCAUGGGAGCCCUGUGCUAUUUCAACCGAGGCGACAGCCCCUGUCACCCGUCCUCCAGUGUCAACAUCCACCCGGUGGCUUCUUAUUUCCUCAGCUCUCCCUUGCACCCGCAGCCCAAGGCUUACCUGGCGGAGCGGAACAAGCUGGUGCUGCCGACCGUGGACAAGUACCCGGCGGGGCUGGCCUUCAAGGACUUAUCGCAGGCUCAGUUGCAGCACUACAUGAAAGAAAGUGCUCAGAUCCUUUCGGAAAAAAUCGCCUAUAAGACGUCGGAGUUCAGCCGCGGCUCCCCGAGCAGCAAACCCAAAGUUUUCACGUGUGAAGUUUGUGGAAAGGUAUUUAAUGCACAUUAUAACUUAACGCGCCAUAUGCCGGUGCACACGGGAGCCAGACCCUUUGUUUGCAAAGUUUGCGGAAAGGGCUUCAGACAGGCGAGCACGCUCUGCCGGCACAAGAUCAUCCACACCCAGGAAAAGCCUCACAAGUGCAACCAGUGCGGCAAAGCUUUUAACCGGAGCUCGACCCUGAACACGCACACGCGAAUACAUGCCGGCUACAAACCAUUUGUCUGUGAAUUUUGUGGCAAAGGAUUUCACCAGAAAGGCAAUUACAAAAACCACAAGCUGACUCACAGCGGGGAGAAGCAGUUCAAGUGCAAUAUCUGCAACAAGGCUUUUCACCAGGUGUACAAUCUGACCUUCCACAUGCACACCCACAACGACAAGAAGCCCUUCACCUGCCCCACCUGCGGCAAAGGCUUCUGCAGGAACUUUGACCUCAAGAAGCACGUCCGUAAGCUGCAUGACAGCGCCCUGGGACUGCCCCGGCCCCCCGCCGAGCUGGGGGGGCCGGACCCGCUGCCCCCGCCCGGGCCGCUGCUGCAGGGCCCGCCGCCGCUCCAGCCGUGAGGGGCGGCCGCCGGCUCGGCCGGUGCGAGCCCCACCGCCUCUUUGCAUGCACCUGUUAAGCGGUUUUGUGUAUUAUGGUCUAUAUCGCCACUAACGUUAAUGGGACAGGUUGUUUCCUAUUUUUUUUUUAAAUUUUUUCCUUUGUUCUUUAAAGGCUAUGUUUUUUUUUGUGGUUGCCGUUGCAUCUCAGGUGAAGAGAUGGUUAAAAAAAAAAAAAAAAAGAAAAAGCGCCAAGCCAAUUUCUGCUGUAUUUAUUUGGGAAUCUGUAUUACCCGAGCCGGAAACGCUGCACUACUUUAAUUAUUUCGAUGUAUAUAUAUUCCCCUUGUGUUGAUCCUGCCCUGCCUCCGCUGCCUGCUGGUUAUCCCAACCUUCUUGGUUUCCUCCUCUCCCUCUCUCCCUGAAUAUCGUAUCUAUAUGGACAGAACUGUUCUCUAUGUACUGAUCUGAAUUUCUCAUUGAUUCUUGCACGUGGAGAAAAAAAAAAAAGAAUUCGUUGACCUGGUGGAAAUAAA